CAGUGCCAAUAAAACAACCAGGUUUCUAGAGCUUUCUAGAACUGCUUGUCGAAACCAUAUUUAAGGGAAAGAACAUGAUCUACUGAACAAGCCAUACGUAUAUAAGGGGCAGCGCAUCUAAAGGCGGCAUUAUUGAAGUUAUUGAUUUCUGCUACGAGUGUGCAAGAAGGCGCACCUACGCAUUCCAACUGAUUAUUGAUCUAGGAUCUGCUACCUUUUGAGCGCCAGCGUAACAAAGCAAUUGCUCGUCUGUACAUCAUAAUCCUAUAUUUGGUAAAGGAAUAUUAAGUAUCUGAAGCAGCAAUGCCAUCGAAGGGAGUGUUUCUGGUGAACAGCCCAAAUGUGAAGUAUACAACUGACUUUAUUGAAGCAGAUUAUGAUUAUCAAAUUACAAAAGUUGAGUCACAUGGAGAUGUGCUUAUGGCAACGCCAGUGACGACAAAACUGCAUAUCCAAACUAAACGUCAACUUCCUAAGUUGGGACUCAUGCUUGUUGGAUGGGGUGGAAACAAUGGCUCCACUGUCACUGCAGCCCUUCUUGCAAAUAAGCUACAGCUCAGCUGGGAAACCAAAGAAGGGGUGCAUAAGGCUGACUGGUAUGGCUCAAUCACGCAAGCCUCUACAGUUCGCCUGGGUACUGGAACAAAUGGGCAAGGUGUUUACAUCCCUAUGUCCCAGUUUCUUCCAAUGGUGAGUCCUGAUGAUAUUAUUGUAGAUGGCUGGGACAUAUCAUCAAUGAACUUGUCUGAUGCCAUGAAGAGAGCCCAAGUGCUUGAUGUGAAUCUUCAGCAACAGCUUCGUCCUUAUAUGCAAAUCAUGAAGCCACGGCCCUCCAUUUACUUCCCAGACUUCAUUGCUGCUAAUCAGGCUUCCCGUGCAGAUAAUGUUAUUUCUGGGACAAAAUGGGAACAAAUGGAACAGAUAAGAAAAGACAUUCGAGACUUCAAAGACUCCCACAAGUUGGAUCAGGUGAUCGUUCUGUGGACGGCCAACACAGAGAGAUUCUGUGAUGUUCUUUCAGGCCUCAACGAUACAGCUGAGAAUCUCCUGUCUGCAAUCAAAGCAAGUGCCAAAGAAGUGUCACCUUCAACUUUGUUUGCAGUUGCCUGCAUCUUGGAAGGGACAACCUACAUCAAUGGAUCUCCACAGAAUACAUUUGUUCCUGGUUGCAUUGAAUUAGCACGGAAACACCGUGUUUUUAUCACUGGUGAUGACUUCAAAUCAGGACAAACCAAACUGAAGUCAGUUCUGGUAGAUUUUCUUGUCAAUGCAGGAAUAAAGCCUGUCUCCAUUGUCAGCUACAACCAUCUUGGAAACAAUGAUGGAAAAAAUCUCUCAGCCCCUCAACAAUUCCGUUCUAAGGAGAUUUCAAAGAGCAAUGUGGUAGACGACAUGGUGAAUUCAAACAGGAUUUUGUAUGGCCCUAAUGAGAAACCAGAUCAUUGUGUGGUUAUCAAACAUGUUCCUUAUGUUGGUGACAGCAAGCGAGCCAUGGAUGAAUAUACAUCAGAGAUUCUUCUUGGUGGCCAUAACACUUUAGUAAUCCAUAAUACAUGUGAAGACUCACUGUUAGCUAGUCCCAUCAUCCUUGACCUUGUGAUUCUGGCAGAGCUGUGCAGUCGCAUCCAAUUCCGAAGGGCAGGGGAACCGGAUUCAGAGUACUGCAGUUUCCACUCUGUUUUAUCCAUUCUCAGCUACCUGUGUAAGGCUCCUUUGGUUCCUGAAGGAACACCAGUUGUGAAUGCUCUGGCAAAGCAGCGCUCCUGUAUAGAAAAUGUUCUCCGUGCCUGUCUGGCACUACCUCCUGAGAAUGAUAUGCUUCUAGAACACAAGCUGCAACGUCCGCUGAUAGCCUUUGGAAAUUUAUGUACUGUACAGAAAGGAAUUGAGAUGCAUAAUGGGAUGUCCAUAACAACUGGCACAGCAAGAGAUGUACCCAAACAACUGGUUGAUAAGAUUCAUCAAAAUGGGACAAAGAAUUACACACAAGGAUAAAACUAUAAAGAUGCUAUAAGAAUUUGUAAUGAAUAUUAUACAUUGAUCUCAUUGAUGACUAACAAGAUAUAUCUGUUACAAUUUCCAGACAUGAAAGUUGUUCCCUAUAAUGUUAAUUCCACAUAGCAUUUAUGUACAGAUUUUCAUGUUUCAGUUGUGCAUGACAUUUAUUUAUAAAUUUACUGUGUACACUUUUCAUUCAUUCUGUGUAAAAAACCCUUUUUUUCACAAAAACAUAGCUUUCACUUUAGUUUUGAAUUGUAUAAGGCAGUAUGAAGAUUGUAAGGGACUUCUCCCUCUUUUUUUUUAUCUUCCCCCCCCCCCCCCCCCCACAUGACAAGGUGAACAGCAGAAAUACUGCAUUUAUGCUGCUGUUGGUUCAGAGAGCUGCUUAGUCAUUAGAAUUUUCACUGACCCAGAACUGAAUUGUGUGAUAGGAACAGUAUUUUUCAUAUCUAUGUUAUGAUUCAUACUGAAAGUAUUUUAAAGAUGUGAAUAUUUUAACAUUUAUAUGUAAUUACUUAAAACUUGUUGAUGUAUACAGUGUUGUAUAUGAAUUGUAGUACAAUUCAGCAUAUUCUUUGAUCCACUUUUCUUUUAGUGCAAGUUAAAUGACUUGUUACUUAUCCAUGGAUUACAGAAUGUACUUGAUGAAAAAUAAAUAUUCUUAAACCUUACAA